UUAUUGUUUCCCCACCUUCAAAAAAUCUUUUUAAAUCAUCAACACUAAAUAUUCACGGAAUAAUUCAUUGGCAUCAAAUCCUUAGUAAUGCACGAUUAACUGCUGUGGAUGAAGAAGCAGCUGACUUCCUUCAUUUAGUUUGA